GGAAUAUAUGUUUUGUGAUCGGAAUAGAAUGAUUGGCGGCAGCGAUAAAAUUUAAAUUCAAAAUUCAAAUUUACAAAGGCGGCAGUUUCGAAACAAUUUAGGACUCCUAGUAACAUAACAAACAUAUGCCAUAAUUUUGGUAUUUGUUCAAAUUAAAAUUCACAAAAUACAGUAAAAUGCGAGAAAUAGUGCAUAUCCAAGCUGGGCAGUGUGGAAACCAAAUAGGAGCAAAAUUUUGGGAGGUCAUAUCUGAUGAACAUGGCAUUGAUCCAACGGGAACUUAUCACGGAGAUUCAGACCUCCAGUUAGAACGUAUAAAUGUUUAUUAUAAUGAGGCCACUGGAGGUAAAUAUGUUCCUAGAGCUGUGCUUGUUGACUUGGAACCUGGAACGAUGGAUUCCGUUCGAUCAGGUCCAUUUGGUCAAAUAUUUCGACCAGAUAAUUUCGUUUUUGGACAGAGUGGUGCUGGAAAUAACUGGGCAAAAGGACAUUAUACAGAAGGUGCUGAACUAGUCGAUUCUGUAUUGGACGUCGUAAGGAAGGAAGCAGAAGGCUGUGACUGUAUGCAAGGGUUCCAGUUGACACACUCGCUAGGUGGAGGAACAGGUUCUGGCUUGGGAACAUUAUUGAUUUCAAAAAUAAGAGAAGAAUACCCAGAUAGGAUUAUGAAUACCUUCUCAGUUGUGCCCUCUCCAAAAGUAUCUGACACAGUUGUGGAACCAUACAAUGCCACAUUAUCAGUUCAUCAGUUAGUGGAAAAUACCGAUGAGACCUACUGUAUUGACAAUGAAGCAUUGUAUGACAUAUGCUUCAGAACUCUGAAACUAACUACUCCAACAUAUGGCGAUUUGAACCACUUGGUAUCUGCAACAAUGUCUGGUGUUACCACUUGCCUUCGUUUCCCAGGUCAAUUGAAUUCGGAUUUAAGAAAGCUAGCUGUAAAUAUGGUUCCUUUCCCACGUUUGCAUUUUUUCAUGCCAGGAUUCGCACCUUUGACUUCUCGAGGGAGUCAACAAUAUAGAGCCCUAACUGUCCCGGAACUAGUUCUUCAAAUGUUUGAUGCCAAGAAUAUGAUGGCUGCUUGUGAUCCUCGACAUGGUAGAUAUUUAACAGUUGCUGCGAUAUUCCGAGGUAGAAUGUCAAUGAAGGAAGUUGACGAGCAAAUGUUAAAUAUUCAGAAUAAAAACAGCAGCUACUUUGUAGAGUGGAUUCCGAAUAAUGUGAAGACUGCUGUGUGUGACAUUCCUCCCAGAGGUCUGAAGAUGUCAUCCACUUUCAUUGGAAACUCUACAUGCAUACAAGAACUUUUCAAGAGAAUUUCAGAGCAGUUUACCGCCAUGUUUCGAAGAAAGGCAUUUUUACAUUGGUAUACAGGUGAAGGAAUGGACGAGAUGGAGUUCACAGAAGCAGAGAGCAACAUGAAUGACUUAGUUUCUGAGUACCAGCAGUACCAAGAUGCAACAGCUGAAGAAGAGGGUGAAUUCGAUGAAGAAGAGGAAGCUGACGAGGGCGAAAACUAAUUUUUUUCUACGGAUAUUUCAAAUCUCCCGGUAGUUUGUUGGUUGUAUUAAUAAUGUCUUGUAAUGUGAUUUAACAACUCUCAAUGAUAAUUUAUAUUAAACAUAAUUUAAUUUUG